AUGAGUUUACCGAAGCUACGUAUCGUGCCAUGGUUGCUUGGAAUUUUCUGUCUUUUUAGCCUUUGCAUGGCGGAUGUACAUCACUAUGAUUUCUUUGUUCGAGAGGCGAACUUUACCAGACUGUGCAACACAAAAACAAUGCUGGUCGUAAACGAUAGUUAUCCAGGUCCGGAGAUUCGAGUUCACAGAGGAGAUACCGUGUUUGUUAAUGUCCACAAUCAAGGAUCUUAUGGCUUCACCAUCCACUGGCACGGCGUGAAACAACCGAGAAAUCCAUGGUCGGAUGGUCCCGAGAACAUAACGCAGUGCCCGAUUGCGCCGGGAACAAACUUCACUUACGAAGUUAUAUUGUCCAACGAAAUCGGAACACUGUGGUGGCAUGCUCAUAGUGAUUGGACUCGAGGAUCCGUCCAUGGCGCCUUCGUCGUUCUACCAGCCGAACACGAAACUUAUCCAUUCCCCCCGCCUGAUGCUGAUCAGACCAUCAUUCUUCAAUCAUGGUACAACGAAGACUUUCUACAACUUAUACGGAAUUCACUUUUAAAUGGUCAAGCUGUGAAACCACCAAAUGCUUAUGCUAUUAAUGGGCAUCUAGGAGACACGUACGGAUGUAAUGAUACGAUAUUCCGAAUGGAAGUUAAUUACCAGGAGACGUACCUUCUUCGUAUAAUCAAUGCCGCGAUGAAUGAAGAGAAGUUCUUCUCGAUCGCAAAUCACACCCUGAUAGUGGUUGCACAAGAUGCCUCUUAUGUUAACAGGUUUCCGACCGACUAUAUAAUGAUAAGUCCUGGACAGACCAUGGAUGUUUUGGUCUGCGCCAACCAGAACAUCGGACAGUAUUACAUGGUCAUGAGGAAUUUCCACGACAGCGGUGCUCCAUCUAACAAUAAUAUCACUACCGGUAUUUUCCAGUACAAAAACAGUGUUGGUGGAUUGAAUACUAAUGCUUCCUUGGUGAAGUUGCCCCUCCCGGACGAUUCGAACGCCGCGAAUAGCUUCCUCCGUCAGAUUAGGAACACGAGGAUCAGGCAGAACCCGCGGUUCAACGUGCCGAGACGCAUCGACAGACGAGUCUACAUCGCGAUCUCUACGAACUCCAUCCCCUGCACCAACCCGGAAUGUAUUGCUCUUACUGGUAGAAGGUUUGUCGCUGCUUUGAACAAUGUCAGCUUCGAUUUCCCGACCGUCGACAUCCUCCAAGCGUACUACAACAGGAGCACCAAUGGUGUUUUCACAACCGAUUUCCCCCAACAACCACCGGAAUUCUAUAACUUCACCGGAGAUUUGGCCGGUGUCAACCCCAAUGUCACGAUGGGGACGAGGGUCGUUACGCUGAACUAUGGCGAAGCCGUCGAGAUCGUUUUCCAAGCAACACAGUUUGGUGCAGGAGGAAGUCAUCCACUUCAUUUGCACGGCUUCAGUUUCUACUGGGUGGGGACUGGUUCAGGAAACUUCAAUAAUGUCACUGACCCGAGGUCCUACAACCUAGUCGACCCACCACUCAUUAACACUGUGCAUGUUCCUGCUAGAGGAUGGGUUGUACUCAGGUUUUUUGCAAAGAAUCCUGGGGUCUGGUUCAUGCACUGCCACUACGAGAGGCAUAGUAGUUGGGGUAUGGACACCGUUUUCAUUGUGAAGAAUGGAGCCACCACGAAAACAAGUAUCCGUCCACCGCCGGCCUCCGGCAUGCCGGUUUGUUCCGGAGCCUAGAAGAAGUAACAUUAGUGAAUAACUAGUUCGGAAUGGAGCAGAUUUAAUUUGGAAUUGUUAGUGCCAAUUAGAUCAUUUGACAUUUGAAAAUGUAGCCUUAUACAUCAUAUAGUAUUUGAUUUCUCAACAAUGUAAAUCAU